AUAUAUUUUGCCUUGUUGAAUAAUGUAGUUCAGUGGAUCACAGUUUAAGGAGAGUGAUUUUAUUGCUAACUGCAUAUUAUGCUUCCAAAGAACAUAAUUGUGGAGUCUCGCCCCGUGUUGAGGGUGUCCUGGGACGGGAAGCACAUACAAGCAUUUACCUGAUAUUGAUGUUUUUGAGUCAAUAUAUCCACAUUCGCAGAGAAUUUAUUUUGACCAAUCAUUACAAAUAAAUAAUAAUAAAUAAAUUUUCGUGGUUUCCCGUUUAAGCAGGUCGAGUAAAAAUAUUAGUAAGAAGUAUGUUUACGAUAUUUCCUCUAAAACACAAAAAUGAAAAAUAUAACACAAGUGAAUGUAAAGGGCGCAUAUUGGAAACCUCGACAGCGCGUAGCAAGUCAUUUCAAAGAACCACUAGCCGUGAUGCCCAGCAUGUUCAACCACGUGAGUAUGACGAGAGAUAAUUUUGUGCCAAAAGUUCCUCCUGGCAAGUUGCUGUUCACAAAACUUAUUUUGGAAUAAAUUAUGAUUAAUUAUUCGAUGUAUUAAUUAUUGUUAUGCAAUUUUGAUUAAAAAGGUACGUGAGAAGUUUCUAAAACGGGAGUUUAAGAUUUCUAAAACCACUGACGCAAACUCAAAAUUCAAGUGAGUUAACUAGAUUAAGACGCUUAAUAUUAUAAAAAAUGAAUGAACAUUGAGAAAAUGGUAAAUAAUGUAAUAUUUUUUCCGAUUUUUUCUAGGUUUUAUUUGCGCUAUUUACCACUGCACAUUUUUUUUACCUGCGCAUUUGUGUUCCCAUUUGUCAAAAUGUCGCCGUGUGGAAAUAUUGACACUACUACAUCAAUCUCAGGUAAAUGGUUCUUUUGGGGCGUCCCGUCUUAAGACACCCUCAACACGGGCGGGACUCGACAUGCUCUUUGGAAGCAUGCAGUUAGCUCAAUUUGUUUUCUUUCCUUACAAUUAGCUGCAAGACUUUCUUCGUCUGUCGACACGAGCGUCGAUCCGUGCGACGACUUCUACCAGUUUGCAUGCGGAGGAUGGAUCGAAAAACACCCUGUCCCCGACGGUACCUCGCACGUGGACCAGUUUCAACUCCUCAAAGACCAAAGCAUGAAUCAAAUCAGAGAAAUCCUUGAGGCUGACAACUCAUAUUUGACGGCGAUUCCUUUGAUGCAGGCGAGAAGUUUGUACCGAAGCUGCUUGGAUGAAGACAAAAGAGAAAAGAAGGGUGUGGAGCCUAUUCUGGAAGUUUUUCGCUCUCUAGGGCUUCCGCCAGUGCCAACGUUGAAGAAACGAGAAAGAUUUUCGUGGCAAAGGGCUUUAAUCAACGCAGAAAAAAUGCUGGGCGAUAGCAUUUUCUUCUCAUUAGACGUCAUACAGCAUCCAUUAGACAGCUCAAAACACGUCCUGCAGGUUCAUAAAGGGAGCUAUGAGGAAUUUCCAGAGACCCAAUGUCAGGGAGAUAGAGAUACUGUUGAAGCUUUUAUUGCUGAUUACAUCAACAUGUUCAUCAAACACGUUCCAGGCGCGACUGUGGACGCGAAACGAAUGGCAAGCGAUAUUUACGCGUUUCACUCGAAACUGAGAAACAUGACGACAAAUGCGGGGCAUUACCUGGAAAUGACCGCAGGUGAAUUGCAGGAGAUCACCGACUCGCAUAUCAGAAAAAACUCCACACAUAGGUUUAACUGGUCUAUGUACUUCAACCAAGUGCUCGAUGGCGACGAAAACGCCAGCCUUAAUAGAAAAGAAAAGGACUGGCGGAUCAUAGUUAGAGAUCAGCAAUAUUUCGAGCGGUGGUCGCGAUUAUUUCACACCAGCAGCCCUGAAAUGAUCGAGAUGUACAUCUGGUGGAGAGCGUUUUCGUCCCUUGCCCCUUACACAACAAGAGAAUUCCAAAUGAGGCAACAAACCCUCUGGCAGAAGGUCGGUGCCACCCGCAUAAGUACUCCAAGGUGGAAGGUUUGCGUGGAAAUGGUCAAAAAAGUGUAUGGAUAUAUCGUUAACUUCGAAUACGCUAAGAUUCACCUCGACAAAGACCAGAGAGAACAGGCAUUAUGGAUGUUUAGCGAAAUUAAGGAGUACCUCAAAAGUAAUGGGACGAAACUGAAUUGGAUGGACGCAGAGACCAAGAAACAGGGACUAAAGAAAAUCGAAUCAAUAAGAGCCAAUGUGGUUAGCCCCGAUGAUGAGCCGCUAUUCCCCAGCAAACUAGAACAAUUUUACUCCUUGAAUAAUUUCGUCGAUGGUGAUUUGUUUGAGUUGCAUUUGAAGAUUCUGGCCGCCAUGGAAGCAUCAAAGUUGAAUUCAUUGUACCUUACGCCGAAGAAACAGCCUACUUUAGUAUAUGACAGUGACCAGAGCGAGGCCAACGUCAAUUACGAUCCGGCAACCAAUUCGAUUUCAAUCCCAGUAAGCUUGAUGCAACUUCCAAUGCACGGACUUCGUAAUAGGCAAAGAAUAUACGUGUUUUCAGCCACGUGA